GAAAAAAAGGUUGGCAAUUUAUUCGUCAAGUGACUUGACUCAAGUCACAAGUGAUCAAAUCCCAAUCAGUUCCUACCAUUACUUCCAACGGAAAUUAUAAAUUAUGAUAAUCUGGGAUUAGAAAGAAACUGUUUGAUUUUGACUUCUGUUAAAUGUAAUUUUCUUAUAAUGGCCAUGCAAUACAUGCAUUAUGACAGGUUUCGAACUUUCGAUGAUCGGUGGCUUCUGGAUCUGAUCAUCUAAAUGUUUUUUAAUCGCCCGUAAGUAGUAAGUUAUUUAUGAAGCGAAUUGCGAAUUGAAGGAAAUCUGGGAGGUUGCUUACCCGAUAACCAUGGACAGUGCAGAGCCAGGCGGACUGCCUCGUGGAAUGAUUCGCAUAAUGAAACGCGGCGAUACCUUGGAAAGCCAACCCCCAAGAGCUCCCCACCCCAACCCUGAACUCUCCAGCCCGCUGGAACCCGAACCACGCCGUGGCGUUCUGCGGAUCAACACGGCAGAACUGUCCACCACCCCUCGCUAUCCCCGUCCACGCCUGACCGAGCUGAACCCGACCAGUGUCUUUCCGCCUCCCCGUCGCCCCAUGGCCCCCCAACUGGCCAUGCUGCGUUCCCCGCGGACCCCCGCCAUUGUUCCCCGUCCCCUGAAACCCGUUGUCGAUGCGCGUCCGUCCAAAAGCAUCGUCUCCCUGGACGCCAAACCCACCCCGGUCUUCGCCUCCGACUACGCCGCCCAGGAGAUCUUCAAGGCGCUGGAACAGGCCAAACCCGCCAGUAUCCCCAAACCACCCAUUCCCGAUCUGACGGAGGAGGAGAAAAAAGACCCGGCGGCACUGCGCGAGUUUUAUUUAACCCAGUUGCGCAUGAUGGCCAAAGAUUCACAGUUGCUGCGCGAUUUCUCCAUGACCAAGUGCGUCAAACUGAUUGAUUCGUAUUUCUUUUGGUGCCUGAAGAAAGGCGCGGCGCUGGACCAGUUGAUUAGCGCCGUCGAUCCGAAUAAUCGCAGUUUUGGCGUGGUGGGUGUCAUCGGGAUGCAGAACACGGGAAAAUCGUAUAUUUUGUCGCAGUUAAUCGGCCCGGAAAAUUCCAGCAGUCCGGUGUUUGAAUCGCGCGCUCCCGCGCAUGGACCCUGGGGAAAAUUUAAGACGGAAGGCGUCGAUUGUUAUGUGUCACGGGCGCAGCGCACCAUCUUUCUAGAUGUGCAAGCCGUGUAUUCGGCAUCGGUGCUGGAGGAGAUGAUUAUCGGUGAUCGCAAGCCGCCCGCCGUCUCCACGGAACACGUCUUCGUGGAGCACACCGUGGAACUGCAGUCGAUCAUGUUCAGUGCCUUUCUCAUGUCGGCGUGCCAUAAAAUUUUAUUAGUGACCAAAGGCUUUGUGGAUGAACGUCUGUUGCGCUUUCUACGCUUAGCCACGAUUUUAAAACUAGGACCGGUGCACAAGGAUGCCUUGAAUGAAGCGAAUCUGUAUGAUCACUGGCCGGAGCUGAUUUUUGUGGAGAAUAUGUGCAGCGCGCAGGAUCUGUAUUAUGAACGAGUGGCGAUGGCUAAAGGGAAGAUCCGCUCACUGAUGAAAGAUUAUCCGUUGAAGUAUAACGCGAAGGACGAUGUAGAGGGGGAUCCGCUUGCCAAUGUGCAUCUGUUCUGUAUUCCGGAUGCGAAGAGUACGGCGAAUGAUGAGUAUUUGAAGGCGCAGUUUGCGCAUCAGCUGCGGAUGCUGAAGAAGAAAGUGACGGGAUCUCUGCCGGAAGACAGCGUGACUCCCGGUGUGGCCAUGACGGAGAAGGAAUGGUUCCGCUAUGCGCGACGCUGUUGGGCGGCUGUCUGCCGGGCGCCGCUGGUCAACACGGUGGCGAAAGAGCUCAAUGUCAGCAAUUCCGUUUAAUAGUAAUUACGCACAACUGGAUGGUUAAAUUGGUUUUAUUUUUAAUACGUGUUUAGUUACUGUUUUCUGUUUCUGCUUGUCUAAUGCGCUUUCAGCACAGAAUUAAUCUAUGGUUAUUGGCUACAGGUUUUCAGUUUCUUUUAUAACGUCUUGUCUCAUUUUUGCGCGUUAUUGAUAAUAAAACUGGCGAUAUAAAUUUUUAUUAAACGCCGAGAAAGUUGACAGU